ACAGGUAAGUUUGGGCAUCCCAUAACUCCAAGUUGCACCUGUGCAUCCACAAUCAAAGCGAGGCAUACAGCGUACUGUUCUCCUCGCAGGAACCCUUUCGUUCCAUCAAUAGGAUCAAGGGUCCACAUCCCUGCAGUUCAUGAUCAUUAA